AUGCGAAUAGUUUUGAAGUUUAAGCUCCUUCUUCUCUCCCCCUUCUCUAAAUCCAAACCUUCACCUCCUUUACGCUUCGCUGACGUUCUUCUACUUCAAGACCGUCUUCUCCACACGGAUGGUUGCAGUGGACCGCCCAACUGCUCCAAACCCCGCCGUUUCGCUGCUCGUUUGUUCUUUUGCUUUCACCGUGGGAAGCUGACGAAUAAGGUUCAUGAUGACGGAAAGAAAGAAGAACGUGAUGUUGCGCCUCCUGAUCACGUUACUGACGGUCCUGAUUCGUCACCGGAAAUAUGUGGGCGUGAAUCUAAAUUUAAUGUGGGAAUAGGGUGCUGUUUGUUCCAUCUAGUUGCUGAAAGUAAAGAUGAACUUCAAAAGAUUACGGAAUUGAGGAUCCAAAUGGAGAGUCUUCUUCAGACUGUUAAAGAGGGACUGCUGAAUAAAGAUCCACUGGUUUCUAAGAAUUCUGAAUCAAAUGAAGGGGAUGGGAUUUCAAGCAAAGUAUUGUUUGAUCAGAAAUGUGAUGAUGCUCCUAAAGAAGAAGAUCGUGCAGAGGGAAUGGACAGGCUCGAAGCAGAACUUGAAGUUGAGUUGGAGCGUUUACAACUCCUUUUAGAUUCAGGCAAAUUCCUCACAAAUCCUCCCGAGAGAACCAUCGAGGCACAGAGAAGAAAUGGAAAAUCCCGUCCGGAUUGGCGUUGUGGUGUUCCUCCAUAUGAACUGGAGAGAAAGUUGCAUGAAUUGCUGGAAACAAGACGGGAACAACAGAUAACAGAGCUCCAAGCUGCUUUGGGAAUUGCAAAGAAAGAGCUCCGUGAAAAGGAAAGAGAGAUUUCUUGGUGGAAAGACACUGCACAUCUCAUGUUGGAGCAUGCUAAAAAACCUUCAUUGGUUGGUUUACAGUACGUUCGACAUGCUCAACGCCUGAGACGAGAAGAAGAAGAAGAAAACUACUUUUGA